UCAUGUGACUCGCGGACUCAUUUCCUCCAACAUGGCGGCCGUGUCUCUGCCGCUGGCGGCUCUGCUGCCGCUCCUCUGCGGGGUUUUAGGCUUCCCUCUCGGGCAGGAAACCGGACCGACCGCCGCCUGCGGCUACCGGUCCUGUCAUGCCACCAAGCCCAACCUGCUGAACGUCCACCUGGUCCCUCACACGCAUGACGACGUCGGCUGGCUCAAGACUGUGGACCAGUACUACUAUGGAGACCGCAACGACAUCCAGCAUGCGGGGGUGCAGUACAUCCUGGACUCCGUGGUGGAUCAGCUGCUGAAGAACCCCGACAGGAGGUUCAUCUACGUGGAGACGGCGUUCUUCUACCGCUGGUGGAAGCGGCAGAGCGCCGACGUGCGGCGGACGGUCAGGCGGCUGGUGGAUGAAGGCCGUCUGGAGUUUGUGAACGGGGGCUGGUGCAUGAGUGACGAGGCCACCACCCACUACAGCGCCGUCAUCGACCAGAUGACCAUGGGCCUGAGGUUCCUCAACGACACGUUCGGGCCUUGUGGGCGCCCCCGCGUCGCCUGGCACAUCGACCCCUUUGGCCACGCCCGCGAACACGCCUCCAUGUUCGCCCAGAUGGGGUACGACGGCUUCUUCUUUGGCCGUCUGGACUACCAGGACCGGUCUCGCAGGAGGAUCGCGCGGGAGCAGGAGCUCCUGUGGAGGGCCUCCGACAGCCUCACCCCCCCCAUGGCGGACCUCUUCACCGGGAUCCUCCCCAACGGGUACAACCCUCCUGAGGGCUUCUGCUGGGACCAGUCCUGUGACGAUCCACCAAUCAGAGACGACCCCGACCUGGAGGACUACAAUGUGGACGAUGUGGUGAAGCGCUUCCUCGCCAUCGCCAACACUCAGGCGAAGGUGUACAAGACCAACCACAUCAUCAUGACCAUGGGCUCAGACUUCCAGUACGAGAACGCCAACCUGUGGUACAAGAACCUGGACAAGCUGAUCCGCUACGUCAACGGCCGGCAGGCCAACGGCAGCCGGGUCCACGCGCUCUACUCCACCCCUUCCUGUUACCUGCAGGAGCUGCACAGAGCCAACCUCACCUGGGCUUUGAAGACGGACGAUUUCUUUCCUUACGCGGACGACGCCCACGAUUUGUGGACCGGAUACUUCACCAGCCGCCCGGCGCUGAAGCGCUACGAGAGGAUCAGCAACGGCAACCUGCAGACGUGUAACCAGCUGGAGGUUCUCGGAGGUCCGAUCUCCAGAAACGGACCUUUUGGAAAAGGGGACAGCCAAACCAUGAAGAAGGCGAUGGCCGUGGCUCAGCACCACGACGCCGUGUCGGGCACGGAGAAGCAGCACGUCGCCGACGACUACGCCCGGAGGCUGGCCGGCGGCUGGCUGCGCUGUCAGGUUCUAGUCAGCAACAGCCUGGCGGCGCUGAGCGGCUCGACCGCCGAGCGGAUCUACUGCGACAAGCUGAACGUCAGCGUGUGUCCGCUCACCGAGUCCAGCAGCAAGUUCUCAGUCAAUGUGUACAACCCUCUCGCUCGCCCCGUCUCUUGGCCGGUCAGACUGCCGGUGAACGGAACGUCGUACAAAGUGUCGGAUGCUGAAGGCCGAUCUGUGGACUGUCAGGUGGUUCCGUUGUCGGCGGCGACGCGCGCGGUGAGGAGGAACCGCGGCUUCGCCGUCAACGAGCUGGUGUUCCAGGCGCGGGCUCCUCCGCUGGGCUUCACCACCUACUCCGUGUCCCUGCUUCGGGACGGGCCUCCGGCCGCCUCCACGCGGCGCCGCACGCCCACCGCCAUCCAGAACAAGUUCCUACGAGUGACCUUUGACCCCGACACCGGCCUCCUGAGCGGCCUCAGCAACCUGGAGACCAAACAGACCAUCAAGCUGACGCAGAACUUCUACUGGUACAACGCCAGCGACGGCAACAACUCUAAGAGUGACCAGCCUUCGGGCGCCUACAUCUUCAGGCCCAACUCCUCCACGCCGUUCGUCAUCAGCCGGACGGCCAAGACGGAGACCGUUCAGACCUCCGUGCUGCAGGAGGUGAGGCAGUGGUUCUCUCCCUGGGUCUCUCAGGUGGUCCGUCUCCACGGCGACAGCAGAGCUCUGGAGCUGGAGUGGACCGUCGGACCGCUGCCCAUCGAUGACGACCUUGGGAAGGAGGUCAUCACUCGUCUGGACUCCAGCAUCCAAACCGCUGAAUAUUUCUACACCGACUCCAACGGCCGAGAAAUCCUCCAGAGGAAGAAAGAUUUCCGUCCCACGUGGAUCCUCCGGCAGUCGGAGCCGGUCGCUGGAAACUAUUAUCCCAUCAACUCCAGAGCGUUCAUCAAGGAUGAAGUGGACCAGCUCACGGUGGUGACGGACCGCUCUCAGGGAGGAAGCAGCAUCCAGAACGGCUCUCUGGAGAUCAUGCUCCACCGCCGGCUGCUCUACGACGACGUCCGCGGCGUGGCCGAGCCCCUCAACGAGACCUCGGCCCUCUUCCCGGAGGGGCUGGUGGUCCGAGGUCGCCUCCUGCUCUCUCUGGACCGCCCCCCCACCGCGGCCGACGCACACCGCCCCCUGGCGCAGCAGGCGGUACUGCAGCCGACGCUGACGUUCACAGACGGAGAGCCGCGGCCGAACACUCGGCUGGAGUUCUCCGGGCUGCAGGCUGCGCUGCCCCCUGCUGUCCACCUGCUCACACUGACGCAGUGGGACGAGGACUCGGUGCUGCUGAGGCUGGAGCACCAGUUCCAGAGCCGGGAGAGCAAAGAGAACUCCCGGCCCGUCACCGUCAACCUGCAGAAGCUGUUUUCCACUCUGGAGAUUCUGGGCGCGUCCGAACUGAACCUGUCGGCCAAUCAGUGGAAAGACGAGAUGAAACGUUUUCAUUGGACGCCACAGACGGAUGAGAAGCCCCUGCUGAAGCGGUCCGGAGACCCCUCGUCGUGGGAGGUGACCUUGAGGCCGAUGGAGAUCCGAACCUUCCUGCUGAGGGUCGACCUCAGAUAGCCGAUCGCUGCUUCAAUCGAUCCUCGUUCCGAUUGGACACUUUUUACAAUCAGAAAAAUGAAGAAUCACGUUUGUGCUGAAGCUGCCUUUCAAAACUUGAAAUCACACAAAUCCUUAAAGACAUUUUACUGCCAACGAUGACUGACUGUGUACAUAUUGUUUGAAUGCUGAUCGUCAAGCAAUUGAUAAUAAAAGUAUAUCAUUCUUA